GCUGAUUAUUCAAUGUAGCGUUAUCGACGUAAUGUUCACAUUUUCAUGUAAUAAUACUGAAAUGAACUCAUGUUAUAUUUUCUCAAUCAAAGUAGGUACUGUACAGCUGAAUUUAGUAAGAAAAAUCUAUGAAAUGAGUAUCCAUAUAUUAAUUUUCUCAUUAUGUAUAGCGGCUAUAAUAGCUGCUGAUCACGACGUUUCACAUCACCCCAACUGGAAGUAUCUGGACUCGGAGAAAUGUGGUUACACAAGAUACCAAGAAACGAAGUACAAAAUUGUAUCCGGCAAAGCUGCCCUGUUGGGAGAGUUUCCUUGGAUAGUCCGACUGGGAAGGAAGUAUAGGAAUUUCCUUUUUUUCGACUGCGCUGGUACGCUCAUCAACAGAUACUACGUUUUGACAGCAGGUCAUUGUGACAAACGAGACGAUGUAGCACGUCUAGGAGAAAACUACAAUGAUAGUCCUGUUGAUUGUGAUGCUUACGAAUGUGCUCCUGGAGUACAGGAUAUCAAGGUUGACAAGUAUUUGGAGUUCGGAUUCGAACCUAGAACCCACUAUAGAGACCUAAUGUUGGUUAAGCUGCGGGAACCAGCUCAAUUCAAUGAGUACGUCGUUCCGGCUUGUCUGCCAAAAGGUCCCAUACUGAAAACCGACUUCCUUGGUAAAACGGUGCAGAUUGCCGGAUGGGGUUUCUCCAAUGUUCGUACGAGGUAUGUGCCUAGUAACUUACAGUACAUAGGAGCCCCAGUGCUGAGUCGUCAAGUGUGCAGCAACAUCUUCAUCAAUAAGCUAACCGAGUCUCAGAUGUGCAUUGGAUUUGAAUCGGGCAAAGACUCGUGCGCCGGAGAUUCUGGUGGGCCAGUGACUAAGAACUUAAUAGUAGACGGAAAGAGAAGGCACUAUUUGCUUGGGCUUGUUUCUUAUGGAAUGAUCAACUGUGGUCACGGACCUGCCGUCUACACGAAUGUGUCUUAUUACAUGAAAGAUAUCUUGGAUAAAAUUGAAAAGAACUAAUUGUAUCGUAUAUCAUAAACUUAUAGUCUGUGUAAUAUCUUCCUAACCAGGACGAGAGAUUGUAUCACAAAAUAUUCAAACUUCAAUAACGUGAUUAACUUCUUCACUAUUCAACUAUAACAAAUCUCCUACAUAGGGGUUAUGUGUGUGAAUUUUAUCAUAGAAAAGCAUUUAUUUUUUCAUUUAGCGUGUGGAAAAUUACGUGGUACAUUGCAAAAUGAAGUGUGAUAUGGUUUCUCCAAUAAAAAAGCGACUAUAAGUAUAAGCAAAAAUUUUGUUUUGAUGUCAUGUACAUACUCAAGCAUACAGUUUGUUGCUCUAGGGUUUCCGUUUAAGUAAGUUGUCUUAAUUUUCAAAUGAGCUUGGAAGUUAUAAUCAAGGUUACGUUCAAGGUCAUCAUUUACAUACAACUUAGAUAUAUUUUUCGAGAUAUUUUGUGCUUUUCCUACUUUCUGAACACUCAAAAAUAUAAGGAAAAUCAUGGUCAAGGUCAUGAGCAAAGACAUGUGUAAAAUUUCAGGCUCUUUACAUUUCCGGUAUCAAAAAUUAAGGUUUCAUUUGAGAAAACGGUCUUGAUCUCCAAGUGACCUUGGAGGUAGUUUUUUACAAUUUGCGUUCUACUGUUACAGAUUAAAAUUAUUGAUCGAUGAACAGGUAAUGCUUCCUAUUGUUCCUGUUUUUAUUUCAUAUUUAUUUACCCAUGUAGCAUUGAGUGAAUUGAAAAUAUUGUUAUACUAUUAUUAUAGUGAGAUUGGGUUUCAAAUAAGUUUCCAACAAAUAAUUAUAUAUUAUAAUAUAUUACGUAAAGUAUCUACUGUCACAGCCACAUUUUUUCCGUGGAUAGAAAUUAUGCUACAAUGUCACAAUGCGAAUUUUACACACCACCCCAGAAAUCAGACUAGCCAAAUUAUAAUCUAUUAUUUACAUAAUCUUUUUACUAUAAACCAAACGUAAAAGGCAAGUCAGAUAUUUGCUUUGUAGAAGAGAGGUAGAUCGCCGACGUCCCGCUGGUGCGAGCAAUACUCGACGCUAGGACUUAUCUGCGCCUUGUCCAUAUAGAGUGAGGAGAUCAUGCGGAGAAAAGUACUUCUUAGUCCUAAUCAAACAGGCCAACUUUUUCUCGUGAUAUGACUGGACGAGUUUACUCCACAAUUGUGUGAAGCUAGGAGGUCCCUUGUGGAUCGGUGGUGCCGGAAAUCCUAGCGAUUUGCAGAAAGCAGAGCUAUAGGCCUGUAGUUGUCUUAGAUCCCUUUUUUGAUAUCUGGAAGAGAUGCGAAAGAACUCAAGCAAGCUCUGCUGCACACCUCUUCAAUACAACGGCAGGAAUCAAGACCUGACCAUCUUACGGUCUUAUGCCUCAAUGUUACUUACCGCAUAGUGUAACCCAACUAGCAAAGUAGUGCUAUAAGCUUUUGGUAAAAGAACCGUUCAGCCAUAAAAGCUCUCUAUUGUUGUUGCCUGAACACCAAAAUGCUGGCUUAAUGUUGUGUGGAAUGCAAAUUUGCUUUCUGCAACAUAUUUGCUCUAAAAUGAGGUGUUUAAAAUAUUCUUAUAGCACCUUAUAGGACAAAUUUUUUGCUGUUGCAUAAACGUUUAUACAACUAUUUUAUACGGCAUAUUUGCAGGUUAGUCAAAAUGGUUGUGUUGUGGCAUCCAUGGUAACGUUUAUAAAACAAACCCGAGCCUUGUUCUUUUGCUGUGCCAAUUUACUACUUU